AUGACCAUUAACAACAACACAGAUCCCAAAACAUCUAUAAAAGAUGUGUUAACCUCCAUGGCGGAGAAUUCCUCCAUUCACGGUGUUUCCAGGUGGGUGACCUCCAAACAUUGGUACCAGCGCUUGCUCUGGAUCCUCGUGUUUCUGGCCGCCGCCGGUGGAAUGAUUUAUCAACUAUCGCUCCUGUUCUCGUCUUUCCGGUCUUAUCCGGUGAAGACCACCGUGGAUUUAAAAUUUUCUAGUUUAGCAUUCCCGGCUGUGUCUUUCUGCAACAUGAAUCCUAUAAAAUCAACGAAACUGAGUAUGACGAACACAGCGACACAGACAACAAUUAAUGGUACCGAUGCAAGUGGUGCUGCACGAAAGAAAAGAAGCUCAGACCACGAUUCGAUGAGAGAAACCGACGUGCACUCUCAGUCUUCCGAACGAAGUCAUAGAAAAAUAUCGUCAAAGCGGAAAAGUGUCUUUGUAUCUUCUCCUCAUUUACGCAACAGACUAUACCAAAAUUCCGCGCCUCAGUCACGUGAUGGGUCGUAUAAAAGGUACAAGAAAGCGUGGUGGAAGUCUUUGGCCGGUAGACACCGUAUCAUAAGAAAAGGAGAUGGCGACUUCGAGGUUUUCAAGUCAAGGAAAAGAUUCAGAAGAGGAACUGGUACAACUGCAGCACCCUAUAAUUCAGGAAGUUCAUCAUCUCCAACUUACUUUUCGAGCACCUCCGGAUACGGAAGUGACGGAACCUGGUCUCACUUUCAGGAUUACAGGGAAGAGCUUAAUAAAUAUGUCAAAGAUGAGUGGAAUCAGCGAGUAACUAAAUUCCAGUCAGAAUUUCAAAAAAAUCCGAUAGACACAAGAGAAAAAGUAGGUCACCUGAUUUCUGACAUGCUGGUGUCCUGCGCUUUCAACGGACACGAAUGUUACGAGAAUAAUUUUACCCUGUUCCAGUCUCUCGAGUAUGGAAACUGCUACACCUUUCAGGACCCUUCCUACAUCACUAAACGAUCGGGACCACACCUAGGUCUACGCUUGACAUUAAAUAUUGAAAGGAAAGAGUAUCUCGAAGAUUAUGUGGAUGCCUUUGGUAUGAGGUUGGUAAUUCACGAACCGGGAACGUUUCCUUUUCCGGAAGAAGAGGGGUUUACACUUAACCCUAGCUAUGAAACAACGAUAGGGAUGAAACUAGUAUCGAUUGAGCGAGCCUCGCAGCCUCAUGGAAAUUGUGAAACCGGAAAAGAUUUCAUGCAAAUGUUUGGAAUACGUUACACAAUUCCGGCCUGUUUGAAACUUUGUCGACAGAGAGAAAUAAUCAGUCGAUGUGAGUGCAUUCCGUCCACGUCAUACAUCAGUGUGGGAAAUGACAUGUCGUUACCGCUUUGUUCUAACGAAACUAAGCAUCAGGAAUGUGAGGAAUUUAUCAACUACAAGGUAGAAAACAACAUGAUCAGUUGUGACUGCCGAAGUCCUUGCAGGCAAAAAGUGUAUGAGACGAGUUUGUCUGGAAGAGCAUGGCCAAGUCAAAAGUUUCUGGUUGAAAAUAUCAUGGGAGACAUCUGUGGUUCAAACGAGAACUGGUACUUCUCCGGAGAUUGUUAUUACAUUUCGAACAAAUAUACCCUACAAGAUUCUACCGCAGAAAAUUUGGACCCACCCUUAAGUCAAAACCCUGGGAUUGCUGUAUCAGUAAACUUAAAGAGUUCUUCAAAUGAUAAAGACAAUAAUCACUAUAAUAAUUUUGGCUCCACCCUAAAAACCAAACCCUUACCCCCUAGGAUCACCGGUAAAAUUCCUUCUAACUAUCCAUUUAGUCUCAAUGUAGUAUCAAUAACAUUAAAGCAUGACUCAUUACUCUCAUUCCAGUUACAACCAUUCACCGACUCUCUACAACAACUGAUAGCGUCAUUGAGAUACACGCAUACUGCAUUAUCUCAUGUGCUAUCGGGAAACUUUCUUAAAGUCAUUGUUCAUUAUGAAGAUUUAAACUACGAAGAAAUAAAAGAAGAGCCCAUGUACGAUGGCUUUCAGUUCGUCUCCGACGUUGGUGGAACGUUGGGGCUUUUCGUGGGAGCUUCCAUCCUCAGUUUUGUAGAAGUACUUCAAUUUCUCAUCGAACUAUUUAACUUUUUGCGAUCUAAAUUGUUCAUGCGAUCGACGCGUUCAUUGGCACCUGUCACAGAAAUCCAUUUCCAGGACGGUUAUGAAAAGCAAAUCACAAUGACAGAAUGAAGAGUCUGGCACUAGAUUUCUGAAAAUAAAAGAGUUAUGUUUCAUCUCAAAUUUAAGAAUGAAACACGGCCAAGAUUUUACUAUAAGUAGAGUCUCACAAUAGCAAACUUGUCAAUUCUCAACUAAGAUGAUUUUUCUUUGCUGAUUUGAGUUUCAUUUGCUGUAAAGCGGCCCUUUUGGAAAACCCAUUAUCCUCCCGUUGUGGGCGUUGUCUUCGUUUAUCCCUUGCUGCGUGUUCUGGGGAUAACCCUUAUCCUGGAUUCCAGUCCGAGUCCUAGACCUGAAGUACAGUCUCGGGGACUGCAGUUCGGUGACCAUUUUUACCAUUAAUUUACUUCAUUGGUACAGCAGAUCAGGCGGACUCUUCAUAUGCUGGACCAUGACUCAUCGCCUAGGACCAAAGUUUGAACACAAUCUGGUGUCAUUCUGUAUUUACUUGCACUAGUAUUUCUGUAACGUGUAGCGGCCAUUCAUCUAAGGAAUGCCUCUUCAGCACGACAACCACCGUCGUCCCUGGAUGAAAUGACGCAUGUACAUAGACACAACCCUAGAAACUUUACCUGAAGUAGAUAUCUCGCCGAACACCAGAAUCCCAUCGCUGCCAUCAUUGUGUAACGUGUAGCGGUCAUCCAUCCAUGGACUGAUCACGCACGCCGCUACGAGAUCUAGAGACUACCAAAUCACUAAAAAAAAAAGCUAGCUAGCUCACUAGUGAGGCAGUACAAGUUCCCUAUAUACCGACCGCUACACUAGAAAAGCUAGCUCACUAGUGAGGCAGUACAAGUUCCCUAUAUACCGACCGCUACAUUUCUUUGUUUUGUAUUUUUUGCACAUUUAAUUUUUUUUGUUUUGAUAUCCUUGAUAUUUUCCUUGAUUGACAGAGGUCAUCCCUAAGGUUAUGACAGUACUUUGAUUCGAGAAAAAUGUCUGCACAUAAAAUCUCGCUGGAUGCUUUAGGGUAAUCAAUAUUGUAUUAGAUGACUACUUCUUUUGUGUGAUGAUUUCUAAAUCUACAUGAUACUAACAGCGUGGGAGACUUUGUACUUAUAUAGCAAAAGUCAUUCUAGAUACUAAUGAUACUUCUGUGCUGAAACUGCGGGGUCUAUUCAAGUUUUAUUCAGUAAAUAUGUGUAUGGUU